CGGAAAGAAGCAAGGAUCCCAUUCCACAUGCUGUCCUGUCCUGUCCUGUCCUGCUCUCUCCCUAAUUAACCAUAACUUCAAACUAGUACCCAAUGGGUAUCGCCGCAACCGCUGUCUUCCCCACCGCCACACCUCCUUUAACCCCCCGACACCAUCUAUCUCCUUCCCCCCCAAUCCCUAUCCCUAUCUCUAUCUCAAACUCUAAACUCUCUGUUUCAGCAUCACUCAUUCCCACUCCCAAUCACCCACCACAGAGAUCAGCACCUAAUUCUAGCUUUACGGUCCUGGAGAAGAAGUCAUCGACGCCGGCACCAGACUCAAUCCCCACUAGUAGAGGUGGGGAGUCAAAGGAUGCAGGGUUGACUUUGAAAGAUUACUUUGAGCAGUGUGGGGAGUUAUUGGUUAGGUGUAGAUGGGAUGGUGGAGGGGCGCGGUGGUUUUCACCUUUGCCUUUGGACUGCGCAACCCACUCUCGGUUAAAACAUUCUCCUCUCUUGCUCUCUUUACCUGGGGUUGACGGAGUUGGACUGGGACUUUUACUGCAGCAUCAAAGACUUGGGCAGAUUUUUGAUAUAUGGUGCUUGCACAUUCCCCUCACAGACCGAACAUCAUUCCCAGACCUGGUAAAGCUUGUCGAGAGCACGGUUAGGUUAGAGCAUUCGCGUACCCCAAAUAGACCCAUAUAUCUUGUUGGAGAAUCUUUCGGGGGAUGCCUUGCUCUUGCUGUUGCUGCCCGUAACCCAGAUAUCGAUCUUAUGCUAAUUUUGGCGAAUCCAGCUACAUCUUUCAGCAAAUCCGCUCUGCAACCAGAAACUCUAGUACCGUUAUCAACAAUGAUGCCCGAGCAACUCCGUUCCAGUUUGCUUUAUAUGCUAAGUUUACUGUCAGGUGCUCCUGUUAAGAUGAUGACAUCGGCCGCAGGGAAACGACUUCCUUUGGACCAACUGAUUACAGAGAUAUCUCAGGAUACUGUAGCGAUGUCAUCAUACCUUUCUGUUCUUUCUGAUAUCUUGACUGCGGAGACGCUUAGAUGGAAGCUCAACAUGCUAAAAUCAGCUGCAGGGUUUGCCAAUUCACGACUUCAUGCUGUGAAAGCUCAAACCCUAAUACUUGCCAGUGGACAAGAUCAGUUACUCCCGAGUAGAGAGGAAGCUGAAAGACUUCGUCAGGUGCUGCCAAAAUGUGAGAUCCGUGUAUUUAGCGACAGUGGUCAUGCCCUCUUCUUGGAAGAUGGUUUCAAUUUGGUAUCGAUCUUAACUGGCGCCAGUUUCUACAGACGUGGAGGACGCCAUGAUUAUGUCUUAGAUUACGUGCCACCAACCCCUUCUGAAUUCCAGAGAGUCUAUGAACCACAAAGAUGGAUUGAAACUGCCACUAACCCUGUGAUGCUAUCAACUCUGGAGAGUGGGAAAAUUGUGAGAAGUCUUGCUGGGAUUCCAUCUGAAGGGCCGGUACUAUACGUUGGUUACCACAUGAUGCUUGGCUUUGAAUUAGUCCCUCUUGUGUCCCGGUUCUGGAUGGAAAGAAAUAUUCUUUUGAGAGGAAUAGCACAUCCAAUGAUGUUUACCAAGUUGAGGGAAGGAAGAUUACCUGCUUUAUCAGCUUUUGAUACGUUCAGGAUCAUGGGAGCAGUUCCAGUAUCAGCAGCUAAUUUCUACAGACUUUUCUCGUCAAAAUCCCACGUUCUACUGUAUCCUGGAGGAAUGCGGGAGGCUCUUCAUCGAAAGGGUGAGGAAUACAAAUUAUUCUGGCCAGAACAAUCGGAGUUUGUUAGGAUGGCUGCCAAAUUUGGAGCUAAAAUCGUACCUUUUGGCUCUGUUGGAGAAGACGAUGUUGGUCAACUACUCCUUGAUUACAACGAUCUAAGGAACAUUCCAUAUUUCAAGAAUUCUAUAGAAGAGCUAACAGAGGAGGCUGUGAAGCUGAGGAAUGAGGCUGUAGGAGAGGUUGCAAACCAAGAUGUUCACCUUCCCAUCAUUCUACCGAAAGUUCCAGGACGUUUUUAUUACUUAUUUGGGAAGCCCAUAGAAACACAAGGAAGGAAGCAGGAAUUGAAAAGCAGGGAAAAAGCUCAAGAAUUGUAUAUAGAAGUGAAAGCAGAGGUUGAAAAAUGUCUUGGGUAUUUGAAGGAGAAGAGAGAGAAUGACGGAUAUAGGAAUAUAUUUGCUCGUUUAGCGUAUCAGGCAAGGCAUGGAUUUGAUUGUGAGGUACCCACUUUCGACAUCUAGCUGCAUUAAUGGAUUGGAUGACACUCUCUCCCAGUCCCAGUCCCAGUCCCAGAAUGAUAUUCGCAAAUUCAUUCAAAUUCUUUAUGCAACAAACGAAAUGUAACGAGAUGGACGGGUGCUUCCCCAAGAAUUUCAUACAAAAACAAAAUAUGUCGACAUACAUUGCUUUCUCUUU